ACUAAUAUUGAUGUGAUGAUAAUACAGUUGGUCCCAAAUAAUAGUACUGAUUGGAAUGCUAAGUUGGAUGAUAAUUAGGAUGCGCUGUUUUGUGUAUUGACUAUGAAAUUAAGCUAUGCUAGUAUUUCUUCCCUCAAAAAAUUAAAUUCUGACCAUGAUGGAUAAUGGUUACUUGUUGACUUCGUUUGUAGUUCCAGUGUUAGUCACAUGGCAUUGUAGGAGUUUGAACUCCAUUUGAUAUGAAAUCAAAAGUUUUUAAAUUAGUAGAUAAUCAAGCUCUUGUCAGUCAUAAUAUAGAUUGUUCAUAACAAGGUUCAGUCCAAAAUGCUGAAAAAAAAAAAAGGGUUCUGUCAAAAAUAUGCAGUAGUGUAAGGUGUAACUAAAACGUCUUGAUUUUUUCGUAAUCCCUUACGUCAAGUGUGAAUUGUGAGAAAAGGAAGGUUGGGGGUAAAAGCGUUAGUGCAACACAAAGUCAUGGGGGCACAAAGUAAUACACAUGUCCCUUUCUUUCUUGAAUUCCUUUCACUGAUACGGAUGUGGAUCUGUGAUUUGAUGCAAUGUCAGCCCAAAUCGAACCCACGCAGCGAACAAGAAGAAGAAGAAGAAGAGGAGGAAGGGUCACUCCACCUGAACGCCAUCCGAAAUUGUACUUGGUGCAGUCACGUCCUGCUUCUUCGAUCACCGCUUCGCCUUUGCGGCUGUGUAAUCCACAGACACAGUGACUGUAGCAGUUGAGUUGAAUUGGUGAGCCAAACCCAAAACCCUAGUUUUCUUCUGCAACAGGGUUCAUAAAAUUUUGGCUUCAAAUGGCAAGCAAUUGGAAGAGAAACGUAAGGUUGUUCAUGGGGAAUGCAAUGGGAGGGCUCAAAGGAGGAACCAACCUUGCUUCGUGGGUCGUUGCUGGAACCUUCGCCUAUUUUCUGUGGGUAAAACCCUCUCAGGAUCUUAAGAAGGAACAACAGGUGUGCUUUUGAU